AUGUCAGGUCCUUACAAAUUCCUUGUAGAGAAGCGCUGCUCUACAAUCAAUUCAGGUUUAUCAGUAUCGUUCGCCCACAGACAGUACGUUGAAAGCACGGGCGUAGCUCGGAACAUACAGGUUGCAGAAAUGAGAGCAAGAAGCGUGCUCACCCUAGUGGGCGUGUCCUUGAUGGCGUUGGCCGUUUGCCACCCCGACGACGAAUCCGAGGGCGGGCUGGAGGGGCAGCCAAUGGGGCUGGGGGGCGCGGGGGAGGGAAAGAGAAGGCAGCAGACCCCCGAGGUGGUGCUCCAGUUGAAAUACGACGGGGGGGAGCUGGACAGGAUAUACUUGGCGCAGUUCAGGCAGGGCGCGAAGUGGGCGCCCUCAGUGCCCGCUCGGCGCGACCUCUGCGCGGACCUCUGCCACGCAGGCCUUGGGGGCGCCGCGUGCGGUGCCACGUGCCAGCAGAUGCUCCCCGUGGGCCUCCAAUCGGCGCUCCAGAGCGGGAACAUGUCGGACACCGUGUACGGUGAGCCACGCGUGUACGUGUGCCCGACGCUGUGCGACAACUACCUCGGCGAGCCCUUAUGCAGUUGCGCUGACAAGGAACAGGAGGCGGGAGUCAGGAAGGACGUGGAUUGGAGCGCGAUUUGCGAUACGUUCUGCGUAACAGACAGAUACGUCUUGUCAGGUUGCCCAGCGUGUUCAGACUCAGCUCAGACCUCGGCACCCUCCCAGGUGGGUAUGAUGAGUGCCCUAAACACCGCCGAAGGCUGGUCGUCGUGGUGCAAUGUCCAGUGCCGCCAGGGCCAAGGCGGGGCCGCGUGCAACUGCGACCGCGCCCCCUUCCAA